ACUAUCCAUCGUAACAAAUGGGUAGACACAGAGACAAUAGAUGUCAAUGCAAGACUUAUGGUGGUGAAGACCUCUUGAACAAAAAAGCUUAUUGAAACCAUACCCGUACCCAUAUUCAGAAUUUGAUUGAAGCUUUUGGAGAAUUUAAAGAUAAUCGCUUGGAACAAGAUGUGGAUGUUAUCACCGAGACUAUUAUCAACAAAAGAAUAAAAGAUGUGGAACAUU